GGUCACACUGAGGUUUGUGUGCGUGUGUGUGGCAGAAUUUUAAUUUUUUUUGUUGUUUUUUGUUGUUUGGGUGCUUAAAAUGUCCAUUUAUUUGUUGUGUUUAACCACAAACGGUGGCUUGCCAGUGUUUACACGCAAAAAGGGAGAAUGUGACAAUCUGCCGUUUUCAACUGUUGCUUCGCUCAACGGGUUUCAUAUGUUCUUUAAAUCGCUCGGCAUUCAAUUGGAAGCAACUACAACCAGUAAACAACCGCUUCAGGGUCAGGGUUUGGUUCCCGCCGAUCCGGAAGAGUGGACCUACAUUUGGCGGGACCGCAAUGCGGUCACAUUGAUUGUGUGCAGCAGCGGAGUGGGUUCGGAGCAGCUCCUGCAGUCGCUGGCCGACCUGGUUUUUGGCGCCAUUGCAAUGUUCAUCACGCGCGCAUCUGAGAUGGCGCACGCAACGCUGCUGGAGCGCCUCAAGAAGGAUGCCAAAAAGUAUGUGCCCAUUGUGGAUGCCAUACUGGAGGCAGCCUGUGCUGGCACGCAACUGCUGGGCUACACCGACUGUGUGCUGGCGUCGGAUAAUGGGCAGCUGCUGCAGUGCCUCAACGAGUUUAGCGGACACUGCGGCUCCUUGUUUUGCUGUCUUGUGGUGGGACAUCGCAUUGCCGUGGCCACCGAGGGCUGGUGGGAUUUGGAUACCAUAGACAGAGAACUCUUGCUCUUCCUGCUGAACUCUUCCAGCACCCUGCAGCAUGAUGUGCCUGUCUACUUGCCCGUAAAGAGUCCAAACAUUGCCUACCGCUUUGUCAGCAUACCCGUGGCUGCGAACAGUGCUCUCUGUGUACUUUGUGGUGCGGAGAAUGCAUCCUUCAGGGAGCUGCACAUGCACGCCAUGAAUGCCUAUCGAAACGAGGGCAAUGUGCUGGCAGCCGCCGAGCGCUGUGUGCCCCGCAGCAUACCUGAGCAUCUGGAUAUUGAUGGCAAUGUGUUGGCCAUUAUCCUAAUCAAUAGGCAUUCCCGCAAGAGCCUCUUCACCCGGAAUCUCCACCAGUCGGCCAGUGCCAAGCGCAUUAUUGUGGGCGAUCUGCAGCGACUGGACAUGCUCAAGAAGUUCUUUGACCAAACAAUGGAGACAAUCCAGCAAUUCGAGGCUAAGCCAUCGUCCAACAAAACAGUGCUGAUGGAUCAGUACAGCUGCUCGGACUAUCACAAGUGUUAUGCCUAUGCGGAUGAGCAGAGCAAUGUCAUUUUUCUCUUAUUUGUGGCUGCUGUGCCCACGCAUGCAAUGAGAUUCCUUGCACAGCGGGUCCAUGCAAGCAUUUUGCAGGAAAAGUCUGUGUGCUGGUAAAUUUUUAUUCUCAUUCUCAUUCUUACAAGACUGAUAUUUUGCUACAACUAUACACUAGCUUAUAAGUUAAAUGCAUCCAAUGCAAAUGCCCCUUUUCUUUUCUAUAAUAUAACAAUAUUGUGUGGCUGGCAAUACACCAUUUGUCCGUUUC